GGGCAAGCGCGCCCCCUGCGUCUGUUACCUUGUGAGCGCACUCCCGCGGCAGAGGAGCCGUCAGUGCGCGGUGAUCGCCGGGAGCAGAGGACGUCUCCGGGCUGCGGCGGCACCGGUCCAGCAGAACCAUGGCUUUCAGUAAAGGCUACAGGAUCUUCCACAAGCUGGACCCCCCUCCGUUCAGUGUCAUGGUCGAGACUCGGAACAAGGAGGAAUGUCUGAUGUUUGAGUCCGGAGCGGUGGCCGUUCUGUCCUCUGCAGAAAAGGAAGCCAUUAAGAGCACGUACAGUAAAGUCAUGGACGCGUAUGGCCUCCUGGGGGUUCUCCGGUUAAAUCUCGGGGACACCAUGUCGCAUUACCUGGUGGUGGUCACCGGCUGUAUGUCUGUAGGGAAGAUUCAGGACUCAGAAGUUUUUCGGGUCACCUCCACCGAGUUCUUCUCGUUAAGAAUGGAUCCAACAGACGAAGAUCGAAUAUCUGAAGUUCGCAAGGUCCUAAACUCUGGCAGUUUCUACUUUGCGUGGUCUUCUUCAGGAGUCAGUCUGGACCUCAGCCUCAAUGCUCACCGGAGCAUGCAGGAACAAAGGACCGACAACCGCUUCUUCUGGAACCAGUCUCUGCACCUACACCUGAAGCACUAUGGGGUGAACUGUGAUGACUGGCUGCUGCGCCUGAUGUGUGGGGGAGUGGAGAUCAGGACCAUUUAUGCGGCUCAUAAGCAGGCCAAGGCGUGCAUCGUAUCCCGUCUCAGCUGCGAGCGAGCCGGGACCAGGUUUAAUGUGCGCGGCACAAACGAUAACGGCCAAGUGGCGAAUUUUGUCGAGACCGAGCAGGUGAUAUACCUUGAUGACUGUGUGGCAUCAUUCAUACAGAUCCGAGGGUCCAUUCCGCUGUUUUGGGAGCAGCCUGGUUUGCAGGUUGGUUCUCACCGAGUGAGGAUGUCCAGAGGAUUCGAAGCCAAUGCCCCAGCAUUUGACAGGCAUUUCCAAACACUCAAGAGACUUUAUGGCAGACAAGUCGUGGUCAAUCUUCUCGGGUCCAAGGAAGGAGAAACGAUGCUUAGCAAGGCCUUUCAGAGUCAUCUGAAGGCGUCGGAGCACGUGUCUGAUAUCCUGAUGGUGAAUUUCGACUACCAUCAGAUGGUUCGGGGAGGCAAAGCUGAGAAACUCCAUACCAUCCUUAAGCCCAAAGUAGGCAGCUUCCUGGAGGAGUGCGGCUUCUUUUACAUGGAUAAAGAUGGCGUUCACAGAACACAGAGCGGCAGCAUAAGGACCAACUGCUUGGACUGUCUGGACAGAACCAACAGCGUCCAGGCUUUUCUUGGGCUUGAGAUGCUCUUAAAGCAGCUUGAAGCCCUUGGACUCGCAGAGAAGCCGCAGCUGGUCACCCGCUUCCAGGAAGUCUUCCGCUCCAUGUGGUCCACAAAUGGAGACUCCAUUAGUAAAAUAUACGCCGGCACUGGAGCUCUCGAGGGAAAAGCCAAGGGUGGAAAGUUGAAAGAUGGCGCACGGUCUGUUACGAGGACAAUACAGAGCAAUUUUUUUGAUGGCUCAAAACAAGAAGCAAUUGAUGUGCUGCUCCUAGGAAACACCUUAAACAGUGACUUGGCCGAUAAAGCGCGAGCUCUUCUGACCACGGGAAGUCUGCAUGCGUCUCCGAGAGUGUUGCAGGGCAUGUGUGAGAACUACUACAGGUACGCCAAACCUAGGAAGAUUCGGAUCUGUGUAGGGACCUGGAAUGUGAAUGGUGGGAAGCAAUUCCGAAGCAUCGCUUUUAAGAACCAAACGCUGACAGACUGGCUGCUGGAUGCUCCAAAAAUUGCCGGAAUCCAGGAGUUCCAAGAUAGAAGAAGCAAGCCUACAGAUAUAUUUGCCAUCGGGUUUGAGGAGAUGGUGGAACUGAAUGCAGGGAACAUUGUCAAUGCCAGCACAACCAACCAGAAGCUGUGGGCUGUCGAGCUUCAGAAGACCAUCUCCAGGGACAACAAGUAUGUUCUCCUAGCCUCGGAGCAGCUGGUCGGAGUCUGUCUCUUCGUAUUCAUAAGACCCCAGCACGCUCCUUUUAUCAGGGAUGUCGCUGUAGACACGGUGAAGACCGGCAUGGGGGGAGCAACCGGAAACAAAGGCGCAGUGGCCAUCAGGAUGUUGUUCCACACCACCAGCCUCUGCUUUGUCUGCAGUCACUUUGCAGCUGGGCAGUCCCAAGUGAAGGAGCGGAAUGAGGAUUAUCAUGAAAUAGCCCGCAAGCUUAGCUUCCCAAUGGGGAGAAUGUUGUUUUCUCAUGACUACAUCUUCUGGUGUGGAGAUUUUAACUAUCGUAUUGAUAUGCCUAACGAAGAGGUCAAAGAGCUGAUCAGGAAUCAGAACUGGGAUUCUCUCGUUGUUGGAGAUCAGUUGAUCAACCAGAAGAAUAGUGGACAGGUAUUCAGGGGUUUCUUAGAAGGAAAAGUUAAUUUUGCCCCCACCUAUAAAUAUGACUUGUUCUCUGACGAUUAUGACACAAGUGAGAAGUGCCGGACCCCUGCCUGGACAGAUCGUAUUCUCUGGAAGAGAAGAAAAUGGCCCUUUGACAGAUCAGCUGAAGACUUGGAUCUCCUGAAUUCCAGUUUACAAGAAGGGAGAAACAUUGCUUACACCUGGAAUCCAGGUUCCUUGCUGCACUACAGCAGAGCGGAGCUGAAAACCUCGGAUCACAGGCCGGUUGUUGCACUGAUCGAUGUGGACAUAUUUGAAACGGAGGCAGAAGAGCGGCAGAAGAUCUACAAGGAGGUUAUUGCAACCCAGGGGCCGCCAGAUGGCACAGUCAUGGUCUCCAUACAAAGCUCGCCCCCGCAGGAAAGCUAUUUUGACGAUAACCUGAUCGAUGAGCUGCUGCAGCAGUUUGCAGGCUACGGGGAGGUCAUACUUAUAAGGUUUGUAGAGGAUAAAAUGUGGGUUACGUUCCUUGAAGGAAGUUCUGCUCUUGCUGCUCUACACCUUAACGGCGUGGAGAUAUCAGGGAAAACGAUGAAUAUUCAGCUGAAGAACCCAGACUGGAUAGCUCAGGUGGAGGAGGAGAUGAGUUUGGAGAGGAUCACCGUCGCCUUGCCUUGUUCUACCAGCUCUACGCUGCUGGAAGAAGAUGCAGACGUUGCUGCUGACUUCGACAUGGAAGGUGACGUGGAUGACUACAGUGCAGAAGUAGAGGAAAUCCUCCCUCAGCAUUUACAGCCGUCGUCGUGCUCCACCAUGGGCUCAUCCCCUAGCUCUUCUCCGCGUUCAAGUCCGUGCCCAUCGCCCACCAUGCCAGAGGGACCCCCUCCUGCUCUGCCUGUACGUCCAAGCCGGGCACCUGCAAAGACGCCAGGACCCCCCGUCGGCUCAUCUCAAGGUUCUCCGGUGGACUUCCAGCCAGUAGUACUAAAGGAAGCUCCAUCUCUGACUCUGGAACCCAAACGAGCGCCUCCUCCAAGACCCGGGGCCCCACCGGUGCGUCCAGCUCCCCCGCAGCGUCCGCCUCCUCCAUCAGGUGCUAGAAGCCCCGCGCCAGCUAGGAAAGAGAUUGGAGGUGCGGGUGCUCCUCCCAGCCCAGGGGUAGCUCGCAGAGAUCCGGAAGUUCGUGGCCCCCCUCCUCCCCAGCUUGGAGCCCCGGUGACUGCCCCCUGUGCUUCAGUGAGGCCGACGAUACCUCCUCGUGCCGGGGUUAUUAGUGUCCCUCAGAGCCGACUUGCGCAGUCCAGACCAAAUCCUGAGGCCCCAGUGAAAGCUGCCGAGCCAGCCAAAGCAAUUCCUUCUCUUCCAGAGCCCAUGAUACCCCAAUUUGCAGUCCCCCUCCAGUCCAGCCCAACUACCCAGCCACCCUGCCAAAAACUGCAAGAACCUAUGUUACCUACCGCGUUCCAUCCUUCUUCGCAAACACCCCCAGUGCAGAGCUUAGACCCUCCACCACAACCGCCUCCUCGUAGCCGCUCUGCCCAGAAUCUGCCCUCGGAGCAGGCCCCUUCUGAACAGAACGAAGCUCAUGAAGUCGGUGGCUUUACAAGUCCGUUUAACAGUGAGCUAUUUGUGGGCUUGGCAUUUGAUCAACUUCCUAUUUUACAGCUGCCAGCGCCUAUUCACAUACCACCACCACCAUCCUCCUCAUCAUCAACAACCUCAAAGGAGCCAAUACUGUUGCCGUCUUCAUCAGCAAAUAACCUUCAUAUCCUAAAUAACAUGAAUUGCAUGCCUGCUGCUCUUCCUCCAAUCCCAGCCCGUAGCGGAUCUCGGGACAGUCUGAGGAUAUCGCCCAACCCAUUUCUCAAUAGAUCCAAUACCUUGCACACAGCAAACCCAUUCACGGAAAGAGCAGCAGAGGCACCAAACCCUUUUACGACCCAGACCACCACACCUACCAGCGUACCAGCUGGUAUAUUCGAUCAGUCUCAUUCUGUCAGCGAACCUGAGUUGCCGCAAAGCCGUCCGAUGUUUACCGUGGGUCCAGCAGAAAAAAGUCUCUCGUUGCCGCACAACUUUUCCACAAUGCCAGGCCCAAAUUCCAAAGGUUGGGUGACUUUUGAAGACACCAACUUUAUGACUAACGCAAACAGGUCAACACCCAGCAAUGGAGUGGAACUGAACCUUUCUGGAUUCGACAGCAACUGGAACACACUCCCAGCUGGAUCUUCACUGACUGCGCCUUUAAGAAAGCCACCAGCCCCUCCACGUGUCCCGUCAAGAAUAAAACUUGAACCACCCUCUGCCAAACUGCCGGCAAACCCUUCACCAAGUUUUGAUUUUGCAGACCGGUAACCAGGACGUUACAUGGCUUCUCGCACAGAACCACUAUUUUUAAUUAUCCUUAUUUUCUCGAUAUAUGUGGGCGACCCAUCCAGUGCGACUUUCUUUUUGGGAUUGGUUCUUGUAAAGUUGCAUGCUCUGCAUAAAGCCAUUUAAAGCAAACCUGUCAUCGGGACAGGACCCAUUCAGAUUUGGGCAUUUGUACAAUAUGCUAUCAAAGAUUAACUUGAGGGUGCAAAGGUCCCGGAAAACACCGGUCAAGUGGCCAAUUGAAAAAUCUUCCGAUUCUUAAGGUGGUCUGCUGAAUGGCUGAGACCUCAAAGAAGAGAGGAGCCUAUAUACUUUUUAGUUCCCUGCUUGAACUUUUAAGGGUACCGUUGUGUUAUUGGGGCUUGUCCUGGUCUCAGUUUCCCUUUAGAAUGUGGGGGAAAAAAUAUUAUUAUUUUUUUUUUAGUAGGAAACUACUAUUAUGCUUUAAGUUUACUGCAGUAACAGGUAAACCACUUCAUAUCAUUAACAUUUCCAUGUCUGAUAACUUGAUGGACACCAAAUAUUCCUAGGAAGGAGACAUUUACUGGACAUUUUUUAUGAUGUGUUUCAGAGGCUAUAGUAGAAUCAUUGGUGAGUGAAUGUCAAGCGAUUGCAGUACCACGGGUCCAAGCGUAGCUUCACUGAUAGUUUUGGGUGGACUUUCUGUGAUAUAAUGACUGGUGCAGACACCAGUAUGACCAUUUGCCACCAGUCUAUGGAUAAUCCUUCAACCAUCUUUCAUUGGUGAUGUUAAGGCGACGUUCCAGUUUCAUUGUGCUUCAGUAAUAGCAGUUGUCCAGUUUAUAAAACCCAUCUCUAUACACUCUGUCUAAGGGAAUUGUGAUUUCAUGGGGGGGGGGGUCUUCUGUUGGUAAGAAUGGAGAGCAGUUGCAAAGAGCGUCUCUUAGUCUGGAGGUCCUGUCCUGUCUGAUGUUACGCAGACAACUCAUUGAGAUCAUUGCAAUGCUUAAUUUGACCUGUGGUGGCGCUGCAGGGAAAUUGCACACUUAGAAUGGAGCUGAUGGCCCAGAAGGGGGGACACUUUUGUCAUCAGCUUAGCGUCAGGUCAUCUAGAUUAACCCUGUUGUCUCCAAUGGAAACCAGAUGCUAAUGGUAAAAUAGAACGAUCCCUUGAUUGAUCGUCAUCCAUCUGGCUUCUUAUCAGGGAACCAUGAACAGGUUAUACCACUAAAUUGAGAUUUAAGAGUCGGGCACAAUAUAUAUAUAAGUCGGGCAUUAUGUUUGACAUUGCCAUUGAUAAAAUGUGCAAUCAUUUAUAGGUGGGGGUUUGGUAUCAAGCUUGCAAACAAUAUCUACCUCUAGCAAACCAUACUGAGAGUUGUAGUCGAAGCUAAAAUAAUCUGCAUUGCUCUUUCAUAUAUGACCAACGUAUAGCAUACAGAAAAGGACAUUCUCCAUUAGGCUCGGGCUCCACAGAAACAUGGGAGCGCUAGUGAGUCGAAACCAUAGCUUCAAUGAUUUCCUAUGGCAAAAGGAAGGUAAAAAUCAUAAAGUGGCGACAUGCCACUUUUUCCCCUUAAACUCCUGGGCACGCACCCGCUGUGGGUGCAUUUACAUUAACCGUAUUUUCGGUCCAUUUUUUUGCAGAUCCCUCAAGGACCCAUUCAUUUUUCUGGGCCUUCAAAAAACGUGGACAGCUUACAGAUGACAUCCUAUGACAAAUGCGUCUGUAUGGAUGACCCCCAAAAUGAUAGAACAUGCCCUAAUCUUUUCUGUUUUGUGGACAAUAUUAGGCAUUUUUUUCAUAAAAAGUGCAGGAUGCAGACCAACCGCCUCUGUAUUUUUCAGAUCCGCAGAAACGGCCAUUUGAAUGCCCCCUUAGGGUGCAUUCACACGACCAUAUGUAUUUUGCGGUCCACAAAAAAAUACGGAUUGCGUUUCUUUUGCGGAUCCAUUGUA